AAACAUGGCGGCGCGCUCAGGCAAGGCGCUUGUGUCCUUAGGUCGACUAAAUGGCUGUGGAUUGGGUCUACACACUUCACUUAGCAGGGCCACGUACGCCACGGCCCUGACUACGACCACCACGGGGAAUAAAGUGUUUCCCGAGAGAGGCAAUAGAGGAGGAUUUGCCAGGAAACCUAGAAGACCGCCCGGCGACCCCAGGACCGAGAAGAUGGCUGUGGACCAGGACUGGUCCGCGGUUUACCCAGCAGCAGCCGCCUUCAGACCGGGCUCCGUCCCUCUGCCGGUGCGCAUGGGGUACCCGGUGAAUAGGGGGGUUCCCCCUGAGAAGAGGGGCAACCUGGAGCUAAUUAAGAUCCCAAACUUUCUACAUCUGACGCCGGCAGCCAUUAAGAAACACUGCAAGGCCCUGAAACCGUUCUGUACAGAGUGGCCCACUGCCCUGGACUCGAAUGCCAAAUGUGACGAGUUCUUCCCCAUCAAAGUAAAGACUACUGACUACGUGUCUGCUAGUAACUCCAUCAGAAACCCGGCGGCUCGCAUAGUUAAUCUUCAAGUAAAGCUGUCCAGUCUGAACUUGGAUGACCAUGCACAGAAGAAGAUUCUCAAAUUGGUUGGCGACAGAUAUUGCAAAGACACAGACACCCUCACCCUGACAACUGACAGUUGCCCUUUGAGAAAGCAGAACUAUGACUACGCCAUGUACCUCCUGACUGUCGUCUACCACGAGUCAUGGAAAACAGAGGCCUGGGAGGCGGACAUAACUAGGGCGGACAUGGACGAGUACAUUUGGGAGGACAGUCCAUCCCAGAAGAACAUCCUGGACACGCUGGUGCGCAUGAAGGCAGCGGCAGAGGGGGAAGAGGAGGCGAUGGAGGAGGAGGUGCUGGGGAGACCGGAGGUCCAGGAGUACAAGGACUCGGUCUCCAGACUGAAGAACGAAGGGGAGAACGAGAGCUCCCUGCUCCAGUACAGAGAGGCUGUCAAGAAAGUACUCCAACUGUGAUACGUCUUCAUGUACAAGUACAUAACUGUGAGGAUACUGACCAAGGGGCACCUUUAGUGGGAGUUGGAAGGGUGCGAGGG